AUGUCUUUUAGACUUAGCCUGAUCCUCGACGACACUAAUACAGUAGCAGAUGACUCCGCUAGCGACACCACUACUAUGUUAAUAUUGACGACGGGCACGGAGUCACCGCGGCUGGCCGUCGCGAUCGAAGUAUCCACGGAAAGGAACGUGACACAGGUGAACAUCAUCUGUCCCUCAGGUCCGCGUCUGUUUCCUGGGAUCCCUGGGUCCCAGGGCCAUGUCACCACUCCCGACGCCAACGACGCUGAUGCCUAUGCCACCACGACCCUGGUUACACCGGCGGUGUCUGGCAGAGGCGUGGAGGUGGACCUGAGCCAGCUGGAGUGUGGUGGCGGUAACCAGCUGGUUGUGGACGUUGAGGGAUGCGGUCAUGUGGGCGUGGGCGGAGGGGUGCCAGAGUGGGCGGAGGGCUUGACCUUGGCCAUCAAGGGGUCACUGGUGUUGAAGCCAGGGUGGUGGGGGGAAACACUCACUCUGAGGGAGAUGUGGAUGCGUGUGGCCAGCGGUGUGGACGGGGAGGAGGAGGGCGGCCUGUGUGAGACUCUCCCACCCUCACUGGAGAUGCUGGAUAUCUCACACACGCCUAUGGAGACGCUGACUCUGAAGGCUUCCUGUGCUCCGCCCGCCCUACAACGCCUGGAGGCAUCCCAUGCCGCCCUACUUCGCUUGGCGCUGUGCGCGCCUUCCCUUGUCACCCUCCACGUCUCUGGCAACGAAGUGGGCGGUGGGAUGCAGUGGGCGGCUUGUGAUGGCGGAGUCGCCAGCGUGGAAUAUCUACAGGCCAAUGGCAACCAACUAACAGCAGCCUCCACUUGCGGCUGGGGCAGCCUCCGUAACCUCGACCUUCGCCACAACUUGUUGGCAGGCCUCGACCUGGCCUCCUGCCCGCCUGCCAACCUCACACACCUCACCGCCGCCCAUAACUACCUGGCAACACCGCCCACGCUACCGCCCGCUCUGCUUCAACUAGACCUCAGUCAUAAUCUACUCACUACAUUCCCCAUCCUCACACACGCCCUCAUGGAAGUGGACUUGUCACACAAUAAAGUAGUUGAGGUGGGCAAGUCAACGUUUAAGCGGGCACGCAAGUUACUCCACCUCAAUUUGGCGUUCAACCGCCUCACUCAGCUCCACGAGCGUGACUUUGUUGGGCUACGGACGUUGAGGACGCUAGACGUGAGCCACAACCGCCUGUUGCACAUUGCGCCGGCCACCUUCAAUCAUCUGCACAACCUGCGGCGUCUGCACCUGCACAAGAACCGCUUAGUGGACUUGGACGCCCGUGACCUGGCCACUCUGAAGGUGCACACACACGUCACUGUACAUGACAACCCAUGGGCGUGUUCCUGCCAACUCUUAGCAGACCUCAGCAACCUUCAGGCCUGCCCCACGUGUCAGCAAGAGAGUGUGGCGCUGGAGUGCAGAGAGCGUGGGACAUGGACACCAGCCAAGACCCUCCUUCACUCGUGUCUCCAGGCGGUGCAGGAGGUGACGCAGUGGCAUGGUGACGACAAAUCCGACGAGGAUUUAUCCGAAGAGGAGCCCGAGACGCUGGCAGGGGGUGGUAAGGGCAACCCCAAGGUGGUGAUGGUUGUGCCGGGGUUGGUGGUACUGCUGCUGGUGGCCAUCACAGCACUGCUGAGCUAUAGGCUCUAUCAUCGUCAUCGACACGCUAUCACGUCCAGGCUGGCGCCUUUCUGCGGUUUCUGUGGCCACUGCGCUCCCAACUCCAUUAACAACAACCAUCACAACCACCAGCGAGAUCAACUCUCACAAAUAGGCAAUGAUUCGGAUACAGAGACCGAGUUGUGAUGCAGAUGCACAGAUUGCUAUUUUUUUUUUUUUACUGGAUAGUAUUCCUAGUGCGAAGGAAAGUCAGGUAUCAUCAUUAGAGCCUUGUCCUUGGUCCCAUUGUGUGUCUGUAAUCUUAUGACUACCUGGAGUUUACCUGCAGAGAGUUCCGGGGGUCAACGCCCCCGCGGCCUGGUCUGUGACCAGGCCUCAUACCACAUGAUGGUAUGGAAUUACUGCCGACAAGACAGAAACUGGAUGACUACCACACACAUGAUAGAUGUGGAAUUAUUGUCCAUGUGAUGGUAAUGGGAUGACUACAAGCCACGUGAUGGGUGUGGGAUGACUACAAACCAAGUGAUGGGUGUGGGAUGACUACAAACCACGUGAUGGGUGUGGGAUGACUACAAACCAAGUGAUGGGUGUGGGAUGACUACAAACCACGUGAUGGGUGUGGGAUGAUUACAAACCACAUAAUGGGUAUGGAGUGCAUAAUAAAAGUAACCAAAAUAAAUUACAAAAAUUGAGUUAUGAUUCGAAUAUUGAGACGUGGUUAAGUGAUUCAAAUACUGAGACGUGGGUUAUGAUUCAGGUAUGGACAUCAAACUGUGAUUUAUAGACAGAUUGUGAUUAGGCCAAAGAAAUAUAAAUAUGUGGAGGAAUGAUAAGAGAUGUCACAGAUUUUUCGUAUUUUUUUAUUAUACGUAUACGAAAAAUUAAUAUAUCUGCAGAGAUAUUUACAAAAAGAUAUCCGUGGUCAUAUCACUGACUAUUCAUUCAUACAUAUUAAUAACCUCAUGUUCCUGAAAAAUUAAAACUAGUGACGUAUGUGAAAAUUAUUUCAGGUAUAUAAAUUUGUAUAAUUUAUAGAAACACUGAAAAAAAAAUAGAGUGAAUUUGAAACUGAAAAUGGUGCAUUGUUGUAAUCGAAAGCACUUUGUGCAAAAAUUCGUAUUCGAGAAAAUAAACUUUUUUUUAAUUGUUGAAAGGUGAUGCAAGCCUAAAUUGAUGUUUUUUUUUUUUUACCACUUGAAGGGUAGCAUUCAUUACAUUGUAAUGGAACAUAAAAAGUACUAUAAUGAAAUACACAAUGCUUUUUAUCGUACUUUACAGUGAUGUUUCUGUUUGUUACUCUAAUUCAUACUGAAACUAAUGUAUCAAUAUUGAACUUUCAAGAAUGCUUGAAUGUUCAGCUUUAAUAUAUUCUUUAUGUUCAAAUUAUGAAUUUAUUGUAAUGUAAAUAGUACAGUAGUAGAAAGCUUGUAAAUUUCUUAAAUUUAAAUUAUCCUCAAGUUUUUUUGUACUACAAACAAGAGGGUAUACAUUUUUUAUAUGUAGAUUUUUAUUAGUCAUUACUUGAAGUAGCAGUAAAUGUUGCUUAAGAAGUGGAAUGGAAUGUUAAUAAGUCUUGAUUGGCUUUGGAAAAUUCAGUGGCUACUAGUAAAUUUAGAACAUAA